UAUUUCUCCCCCUCCUCCUCCUCCUCCUCCUAGUUUUCCAAGAUUAACAUCCACAGCUCUCUUUUUCUCUCCAUCUGUCUUACCCAAUUCAAGCUAGUCAAAAAGACCGCACCUUUUCGUUUAAAGCUUCACUUUUGGCUCAUAAAGCUCAAGUCUUGAUCAAGAUUUUGAGGGAUUUUGAUUCAAGAAACAAGAGGUGAAGUGGGUUCUUGUGGGUUUUUGCCGUUUGUGUCUGAAAAGGGGAUUCAGAUUUGACAUAUUCAACAUGGCAAUUGCUUCAAAGUGUGGUUUGUACAUUUCUGGGGUUCAUGAGAUUAGUCUGCGCUCCAAAUCCAGAGAAUCAAAUUCCAGAGCUUUUCCGGUUUUGGGUGUUGAAUUUUUGGGAAAACCCAUCUCAGAUUACAAGGGCUUAAAGAAUUUGAGGGCCAAGGCCCCCAGAAAUUUAUCUGUUCAUGCUCAAGCAUCAAUCUGUGUAAGCAAAGCUAUGAAAUGGUGGGAGAAAACCCUAAAACCCAACAUGGUGGAGAUCCAUUCUGCUCAAGAACUCAUUGAUUCUUUGCAUACUGCGGGUGAUAGAUUGGUUGUAGUGGAUUUUUACUCACCUGGUUGUGGAGGUUGCAGAGCUCUCCAUCCCAAGAUCUGUCAGCUGGCUGAACAGAAUCCAGAUGCAAUUUUUCUCAAGGUUAACUAUGAAGAGCUCAAGACUAUGUGCCAUGGUCUCCACAUUCAUGUGCUUCCAUUCUUUAGGUUUUAUAGAGGCGCUGAAGGGCGAGUGUGUAGCUUCAGCUGCACCAAUGCCACUAUCAAGAAAUUCAAAGAUGCAUUAGCUAAAUAUGGGGCUGAGGGUUGUAGUCUUGGCCCUGCAAAAGGUUUAGACGAGUCUGAGAUAUUACACUUGGCUGAGAUAGGUGAGAUAUCAGCAAGAUCUUCUCCACCAUCAACCAAAGAAGAGAGAGUGGAGGAGGAUUUGAUCAUGAAAAGUAUAGAUUUGUCUGGUGUUUGGAGUAAUGUUAUCCAUAACCAUGACAUAGAACUCGCAGAAGAAGAAAGUGCCUUGCUAAAGAUUUGAAACAGUUUAGGCAUGUUGGAGUAAAGCAGCUCCAGUUUUGUGACUUUUGUCAUACCAAUUUGUCUGCUUGGUGUUGUAAAUACAUCAUUACUAUUAGGUUUUCCAUAAGCAGGGUUCUGAUCUUUUUAACAUAGAACCCUGCAUUUUGUUAAUCUGUUAUUGGAUUUGAGAUUGUAGUAGAUCUGAUUGAGAGCUUGAUACAGAUCUAGAUUGUUACCUGUGUCAAUUUGUUUUGGUUACCUACAAUAUAUUAGUGAAUCUUGAAUGGGGUCAUGGCAAUGAUCUUUUUCCAAGUUAG